CAAGCAAUCACUAGGGUUCUUGAAGAUGAAGAUUGGCUAAGUUUCUUUGUGGAAUCCUAGAGAGAUGAAGAUGGAGGAUGAGUCUUGAGCUUCAAAUUGGCUAAGUUCUUUUGUUUCCUAUCCUCUUCUCUUUUUACUAGAUGGUGAAUUUCUCAUAUGGAUUGGCUGCUAAAAAAUCCACAAGUUCACUAUCUCCAGAAAGCCUACUGUGCAAAUUCCAGAAUUGUCAAAGCUUCUUGAUUGAGCAUUUCUAACUCUCUUUCUACUUGUUUGGUGUUGUUUUUGAUUUUUUUUUUUCAUUUUUAUUGUUUUUAAUUCUAAUAGAAAAAAGAAAAAAAAAUUCUCUUGAUUUUUUUUUUGCUUGCAUUUCCACUCAUACACUUGCAAAGGACAUAUCAUUUGAGCUUCCUUGGUCUUUCCAUCAUUUUGAGCUUGAAUUUGAAUCAUUGCUUGUGGAUAUAAAUUUCAUUGCAUUUUAUGGCUUGGUUUCAUGAUCAUGAUUCAUUCCAUCAUUCAUUUGACAUCCAUUCCCAUCCAUUUCCAGCGCUUAACAUUGACCAUACAUCCCAUUUCCAUAAUCAAUUUCAACAAUAUAACUUUGAUUAUCCACCCCCAUAUCAUGAUCAUUUCCAUCCAAGUCACAAUUAUGAAUUUUCCAAUCCCAUGAGUUUUGAAUCCAAUCUAAGCACUCAUGUUGAGCGUACACCAUCCAUUGACAUUGAGCAUCUAGAAAAAUUAUAUGCACAAAGGGGUAAAUUUUAUUGUGUGCAUUGUGAGGCUAUCUCCCACUUCUAUUAUGAUUGUCCUAUUCUAAAAGGAUAUUGUGAACCACAUGGAGUAGCCCAAGCCUCACAAGAGAGAAAUUACAUGUUUCAAGUUGAAGACACACAAAAAGUUGCUCAUGAAGCUAUUGAGAAUAUAAAUACACCUCAAGCCACUCAAUCUCCAAAAGAGAAGGAGUCAAUCCAACCCUUACUUCAAGAGGUAAUUUCUCCUAUUCCUAUUGAGGUUGAUUCUUCUUCACAUUUGACUUUAUCUAAUGAUGAGCAUAAUGAUUUAAAUGAUGAUGACGUAGAUGAAGAAAUUAUAGUUGAAUCACCUUGGAUGUUUGAGCAUGAAUCAUAUUGUGAAAAAGUAUACCCUUGGGAGAAAAACACUUUGAGUUCACAUGAUAAUUCUCUUGAUUUAAAUUCAAAUAUCAUUGAAAGUGUUGACUCUUCACUUAGCUUGAAUAAAGAAAAUGAAAUGGAUGUUGAUGGUGGCGAUGAUGUAUCUUGUAUGCUUGAAAUUCCAAUUCCUUCUUGUGAUAUUGUUAAUAGUGCACAUGCACUUGUUUCUUCUAACCAUGAUGUGCUUGAGAAAGGUUGUUUACCUUCUUUUGUAGGUGAACAAGGCAAUGUAGCCAAACCAUCUCUUGAUUUCAAGAGGAACUUGCUCAACUUGAAGAGGCUGUGGCUCCUACUAAGGAUUUGAACAAGGAAUUGAAAAUAACUCAAGAUGACAAGGAGGUUGAAAAUCAAGGAAUUGAUUUUACAAAGCCAAAUAGUAAUGAGAAUAAUAUUGAUUUAAUGCUUGAUGAUUUUGAUGAUGAGUUGGCUUUGUUUCAUAGUACUUGUUCUAAUUCCCUAUUCACUUGUGAUUGUUCACAUGAUUCUCCAUGCCCUAUUUGUUUAGAAAUUAAUUCAUUUGUGC